AUGAUUGUUCAGAGAAUCAUUAAUAUCUCACGGCUAGGUAACAAUGUGUACAAAUUAUCACUAAUCUGUAGCUCUAGAUAUAAUAAUAAUUAUAAUUCUACAACAGUAAGUAGACCACAUCAUGAUCUUGUUUUUAAUCGACUUUAUCGAGUCCAGAUUGGUUGUCAGUAUCACACAAAAACGAAAUCCGAUUGCCACAUUCAGACUUCAUUGAUUAAUGGUAUUAAAAUAAUUGAUUGUGCUAUUUCUUUGACGCAAUUUCGACAUUAUAGUUCAAGUCAGAAAACUGAAAAAAUAGAUGAAAAUGCCCCUAAAAAUCAGCGACCCAAAGCUCAAACUACCAUCGAUGAAGAGGAAGUGAACAAAUUUGCAAGUCAGUCAUCUUUGUGGUGGGAUGAAGGGGGAGAGUUUGAAGCCCUUCAUUCCCUCAAUGAAUUAAGAGUUCCACUUAUUAGAGAUGCUCUAGUAUCCAAGAAAUCUUUAGCACAGUAUAACAUCGCAUCACCUCUGGAAGGGUUCUGGAUAUUAGAUGUUGGCAGUGGAGGAGGAAUACUCUCUGAGCCCUUAGCAAGACUUGGGGCUUCAGUUAUUGGCAUUGAGGCAUCAGAAGAAAAUAUCAAAAUUGCCCAGGCUCAUUUGAUACAUGACCCUAAGAUCAGAGACAGGGUGAAGUACAUUCAGUCUACUGUGGAGGACAUAGCAGAAACUCAAGCAGGAAAGUUUGAUGCAGUGGUUGCCUCGGAAGUGCUGGAGCAUGUCUCAGAGCCUCAAACGUUUGUGUCCUCUGCUUGCAAACUUGUCAGGCCUGGUGGAUCAAUAUUUUUCACAACAUUAAAUAAAACGAGAUUGUCUUAUGCUUUGGGCAUUGUGGCAGCUGAGAACAUUCUUCGUCUUGUUGCCCCUGGUACUCAUGACUGGAAUAAGUUUGUCAGCCCCACUGAUCUUCAAAAAUUACUUGAUGACAAUAAAUUCAUCACAAAACUGAUCCAUGGAAUGUGGUAUAACCCUAUAAGCAAACGCUGGUCAUGGAGUAAAGACACAAGUAUCAACUAUGCCAUACAUGCAGUGAAGCCCAUUGUAGAAGGAAAUGCUGAUAUUUGGAAAGAACAAAGUCCACUAACUGUGUAAAUAAAACUGUUUCUGUUACUGAACAGUGAUAUUCAUGCUCCACUGUUUAACUUCACUCCCAGACAAUUGAAGUAUAACGCUUUCAAUAAAAGAAGUUUUACUAAUUAUA